UCAUCCUCCUGCAGAGCCACACUUCACAGCCCUGCUCCAAUUUGAGACUCCACAUAAGGACUGCACCAGGGCAAACAUGGAGCUGGUCACCAAAACUCUGCUUCUGUGCUUGGUGCUCGCUGUCACUAAUGCAGCACCCACGUCCCCACAAGAGUCAGCAGCAGUAGACCGGUGUGCAGGUAUUGAGUUUGAUGCCAUCACUCCUGAUGAGAAUGGGGCCACUUUCUUCUUCAAAGGCGACCACGUGUGGAAGGGUUUCCAUGGACCCGCUCAGCUCUCAACUGAGUUCUUUAAGGAAAUUGGCCACGUGGGGGCCGCUUUCCGCAUGCACAACACCGAGGACCAGACCGUCCAUGAUCACAUUUUCUUCUUCCAAGAUGACAAGGUGUUUAGCUACUACAACCAAACUCUGGAGCCAGGGUAUCCCAAGGAGAUCCAGGAGGUCUUUCCUGGGGUCCCCACUCACUUGGAUGCAGCUGUGGAGUGUCCCAAGGGAGAGUGCAAGACUGACUCCGUUCUGUUUUUCAAAGGACAAGAUGUGCACGUUUACGACCUCGCCACAAAGUUAACUAAAACCAAGACGUGGUCCGACCUGCCUACCUGCACCUCCGUUUUCCGCUGGCUGGAGCAUUACUACUGUUUCCACGGACACGACUUCACCAGGUUUAACCCGGUGUCAGGAGAGGUGACCGGCCAGUACCCAAAGGACGCCCGGCAUUACUUCAUGAAUUGCACGAACUUUGGUCACGGAGGUGGUCGCAGACCCGUCAAUUGCAGCGACGUCAAACUGGACGCCGUCACCACGGAUGACUCCGGCAGAACGUAUUACUUCACAGGCCCUAUGUUCAUGCGUCUCGACACCCGCCGGGACGGCGUUCACGCAUUCCCGAUAACAAGAACGUGGAAAGAAGUGGCCGGAGCCCUGGACGCUGUUUUCUCCUACACCGACAAAAUCUACUUGAUCAAGGGAGAUCAGGUGUACAUCUAUAAAUCUGACGCGCACUUCACCCUGAUCGACGGCUACCCCAAGAGUCUGCAGGAGGAGCUGGGCAUCGAAGGACAGGUGGACGCUGCUUUUGUUUGCCCAGGCGAGCAAACCGUUCACAUUAUCCAAGGUCAGAGGAUGAAAGACGUCGACCUCACAGCCACGCCCAGGGCCGUCACGAGAGAUCUGCCCCUCCCCUUAUCGGACAUCGACGCCGGCCUGUGUGACUCCGACGGGGUUAAAGUCUUCAAGGGCUCUCAGUAUUAUGAUUACAAAAGCCCCAUGAUCCUGGCUAUGGGCAGGAUCGCCCCUCAUCCUCAGCCCAUCACCUCAGCAAUGAUGGGCUGCAAGGAUUAGAGAAAGAAACUGAACCUUACAGAUACAUUUACAUGAAAAAUCCUCAUUUCUUUCAUGCAAUUAAGUGAGAUGCUGCUCGGUGAAUAAAAAGGGAAAACUGCGCAGUUUUCUGAGUCAUUUGGACUUUUUCAGUGGUUAGGGUUAGAAAAUACUGUUUUUUCUUUCUUAGUUUGACGGCUUGAAAUUUAAUAAAGGAGAUUAUAUUAGA